AUGCUCCUCGCCUGUCUUGCCCGGCGCUUUGAUGCCGCGUUUUACUGCAAUUGCCUUCUCAAUGCUAAUUGCGACAAUGUAGCCUCGACCGUGGUGAUCUCAAACACCCUCCCCCUCGAUAUACGUAACGGACACAGUCCUAUACGCUCUCCGUCUGCGUACGGGCUGCACGAUAAUGUUUCCAUGCCAGAUGCGCCUAGUGAUGGCGAGAUGUUCCCUACCAAUGUCGAAACUAUGGACGACUCCGAUGCCUCUCACGAAUCCAUGGAUGCCGAAGAGCUAGCUUCGGCAAACGACGACGAUGACGAUGAUGAGAGCGUCAACGGCGUCGAUGCUGGGAUGAACUCACACCAUUCUUCCGAUGACGAAAGCAUUGGAGCUUCGGAAGACGCGGCUGGCGAGGAUGUUGCAGAUUUCACGCUGGAUAACGGCGUGGACGCCCCUCCGUCAGAGAUGUUUUCGUCCUCGCCGGGCUCCAAACGGGGAUUGAAACGUAAAUCAUCCGUCGAUGAAGAGGAAUAUAUCAGAAACAACCCUGCUCUCUAUGGCCUACGACGGAGUGGACGCGCUCGCCCAACUCGACGUUUAGGUCAAGAUUCCUCUGGCUCAGACUCGGAUGUCGCCCCACCCCCAAAACGACGGCGGCCUGGCCGUACCUCUGACCGUCCUUCACCAGUCCAGAUGCCUGAUUCAUCGUCAGACUCUGAUAGCGACGCCUAUGAAGGCCCUCGUCGCAGCCGUCAGGGGAAAAAACACCGCCGGAAUACCCAAAAUACUAAAGACACCUUUCUUCCGUCGCACGGCGAAGUUCGCUUCUCAACACGGCGGGCAAAUAAAGUCUGCAACUACAACGAAGAGAGUGACGACCACAUGUUUGAAGACGAAUAUGAGGAAGGGACUCCCGGAGACUGGACCUAUACCGUGGAUGACACCACCCCAGCCAUCGACAAGAUCCUUUAUCAUCGCUUCAAGGAAGACGUUGAUCUCUCGAAGCCUGACCUAGGCCGCCGCGACUGCGAAUACUACACCAAAUGGCAGGGGUUGGCGCAUUACCAUGCCACAUGGGAGACCGUCGACACUCUCGCUCACUGUCGUGGCGUCCGGCGUCUAGAUAACUAUAUCCGGAGGGAGAUAGAACAAGAGAUCCUUUUCAUGAGAGACCCGGAUGUCAUCCCGGAGGAGCGAGAGAAAUGGAACCUUGACCGCGAACGAUAUAUAGAGAAAAUUGAUCAUUUCAAACAGGUGGAGCGUGUCAUUGGCUCCCGUGAAGUCGAUGGCGGCACCGAAUAUUACAUUAAAUGGAAACGGUUACCCUAUGAUGGCUGUACCUGGGAAGAUGGCAGCCUCAUCAGCACCAUAGCCCAAAGCCAGAUCGAUGGCUACCUAGACCGCUGCUCCCACCCUCCUCUCUCCUCCCGAACUGAGACAAACCCUGCAACUCGCUCCAAAUUCGAACCAAUACAUGGCAACCCGGACUUUAUACAAAAUGGCCAACUCAAGGAAUUCCAAGUCAAGGGUGUCAACUUUCUCGCCUAUAACUGGGUCCGUGGCCGUAAUGUUGUCCUUGCUGAUGAAAUGGGACUGGGCAAAACGGUUCAGACCGUGGCGUUCAUAAACUGGCUGCGACAUGUCAGGCAGCAACAAGGCCCAUUCAUUGUCAUUGUUCCAUUAAGUACCAUGCCGGCUUGGAGUGAGACGUUCGAUCACUGGACUCCCGAUGUGAACUACAUUGUCUACAGUGGUCCAGAGCCUGCUCGACGAAUCAUCAAAGACUAUGAACUCUUGAUAGAUGGCAAUCUGAAGCGUCCUAAAUUUCAUGUUCUUCUUACGACUUACGAAUACGUUCUCCAAGAUGCAAGCUUCCUAAGCCAAAUCAAGUGGCAGUUCAUGGCUAUUGAUGAGGCACAUAGACUGAAAAACCGUGAUUCACAAUUAUAUGCCAAACUACUCGAUUUCAAGUCGUCCUGUAGGUUGCUCAUAACAGGGACACCUGUUCAGAAUAAUCUCGGGGAACUUUCUGCAUUGAUGGACUUCCUUAAUCCCGGUGUUAUUGAGAUUGACGAGAACAUGGACCUGAACUCCGAAGCUGCUAGUGCGAAGCUGGCCGACUUGACACAAGCCAUUCAACCCUAUAUGCUCCGGCGAACCAAAUCAAAGGUCGAGAGCGAGCUCCCACCAAAGUCUGAAAAGAUCAUUCGUGUCGAACUCUCUGACGUCCAGCUCGAAUUAUACAAAAAUAUCUUGACCAAAAACUAUGAUGCACUUAAUCAUGGUGGUAGAGGACCAAAACCCUCGCUGCUCAAUAUCAUGAUGGAGUUGAAAAAGGCCAGCAACCACCCGUUUAUGUUUUGGGGCGCUGAAGACCAGGCGGGAGGUAGCACAAGGCGAGAAGACCAGCUGAAAGCUCUCGUCACUAGCAGUGGGAAAAUGAUGGUACUCGACCAACUCCUUACCAAACUGAAGAAUGAUGGCCAUCGUGUUUUAAUUUUCAGUCAAAUGGUAAGGAUGUUAAAUAUAUUGGCAAGUUAUAUGGACGCCCGUGGCUUCAAUUACCAGCGUCUGGACGGCACAAUCGCCGCCGGCCCACGUCGUCUUGCUAUCGAGCACUAUAACGCUCCUGGUAGUACUGACUUUACCUUCUUGCUCUCUACACGUGCUGGUGGCCUUGGUAUCAACCUGAUGACAGCCGACACAGUGAUUCUAUUCGAUUCAGACUGGAAUCCCCAAGCUGAUCUGCAGGCAAUGGCAAGAGCUCAUCGUAUAGGGCAAACUAAGCCUGUCAGCGUGUAUCGUCUAGUCUCCAAGGACACCGUCGAGGAAGAGGUAUUGGAACGAGCUAGGAAUAAGCUCCUACUAGAGUUUAUCACCAUCCAAAGAGGUGUGACGGACAACGAAGCCACUAACCUCAAGGACAAACUCGUUCGUGCCGGCCACCAAGUAGCCGAACCAACCUCUUUCGAAGACAUAUCUCGGAUUCUCAAGCAACGCGGACAACGAAUGUUCGAGCAAUCCGACAACCAGAAGAAACUUGAGGAGCUUGAUAUUGAUGCCGUUCUUGCCAAUGCCGAAGAACAUAAGACUGUCGAGGAAGACGCGAUCGAGGUUAGCGGAGGAAUUGACUUUAUCAACGAAUGUCAAUAUGUUGAUGUCAAGUUUGACGAUCUUUCAUGGGAUGACAUCAUUCCAAAGGAAUAUCUAGAGAAGGUCAAGGCAGAGGAAGAAUUAGAAGCUCGAAGGAAGCCUCCAAAAGAGGAACCUGACGAAAACGCUACGCCAAAUGUCGGCAUCAAUGAUGAACGUGAGGAGCGCAAAGCUAAACGACGAGCUCGCCAACAAGUGAACAUAGAUGCCGAUGCCCUAUCUGAUGCCGAAGGCCCAGAUCCAAGCGAGCCCCUGAACGAAAAAGAGUACCGACAUCUCAUUCGCGCGUAUCUCAGAUAUGGGGAUAUGAAAGAGCGUGAGGAAGACAUUAUCAAGGAAGCACGUCUCACAAAUCGGGAUCUCAAUGUCGUAAAAGAUGCUCUCAAUGAAGUCAUUGACAAGGCCACCGCCCUCGAGCAAGAAGAAAGCAAUAGAAUCCGUGCUCUCGAACGUGAGGGUAAGAGCUUCACUAAAAAGGAGCGAAAGGCAAUUCUUUUUGACCACAAGGGCGUAAAACGCAUAAACGCGGAGACCAUCGUCGGGAGACCGGCGGAAAUGCGUCUUCUUCGAGAAGCUACCUCCAAUCUUCAAGAUAUAACCAGCUUCCGCAUUCCGGAGGCCACCAAGGGCGCAGACUACUCUUGCUCUUGGGGUGCUCGAGAAGAUGGGAUGCUUUGCCUGGGUAUUGCACGCCAUGGCUACGGAGCAUGGACGCAAAUUCGUGAUGACCCUGAGCUAGGUCUGGAGGAUAAAUUUUUCCUUGAUGAACACAGAGUUGACCGCAAACAAGAAAGGCUGAACGGUAAGGGUGAAGGGUCGAAGUCUCCUGGAGCCGUACACCUGGUUCGAAGGGCGGACUACCUCAUAUCUGUGCUGAAGGCUAAAGCUAGCAAUGGAACAAGCUCUGCGGCAAGGAAGGCUCUAGAGAACCACCACCGCAACAACAAAAAGAACAACGCACGAAAUACACAUAGAACUGUUUCCGCAUCCCCUGCCCCAUCUAUUCCGCGAAAGGGUAGAGAAGCUGAAAAACCAAGACGCCGCAUGCAAAAUCGCGGCAGCCGUGAUAGUGCCGAUGGAUCUCAUACUCCCUUACGAGAACGCGAUCACCGAAAACCUGCAGAUGCUGAUAAAGCACGCAGACAUUCUAAGGAGGAAGCACCACAGCGUCGUCGUAGUGAUGAUCGCAAUGUGGCCACGCCAACUGGCGGUGACAACAUGCUUAGGAGCAUCUUCAAACCGAUCCGUGAGCAUUUGAGGCGAGUGUCCCAGGUCACCAAGGAAAGCAUCCCAAGCAAGCCAGAGCGAGCUGCCGAACUUCGCCGAUUACUUCGAAUGAUUGGUGAUUUUAUUCGCGGUAUCCUUGACGGUGAAGAGGCACGAGCCUCGCUUGAAGGGAGACUAUGGGACUAUUGUGCGGCUUACUGGCCGAAUAAAGGGACUCCAGGAAGUGCACUUCUCAACAUGUAUAGCCGCCUAGUGGCCGCCGAGAAGGGCACCGAAGCCUCAAAUUAG